ACUUCUGCUUCUGCAUCAUAAUUGUUGGGUUGCCUCGCUUCCAAGCUGUGCUGCUACCUAGGCCUUUCGUGGUCACAGUAAACACCGAGGAAAUCCGGGCCUACUAUUCUGCGCCAUGUGCUCGUGCCGCGAGAUGAUGAGAGGAACCGCCGGUCCUAUCCCGGACCAACCUAAUAAAUCAGUGCACAGUAGUUGAUCGUUCCAGUAGACGAUGAAGAAACCGUGAGCACACGCUGGCUCAAACGCGGCGAAAUCGUCUUCAAAAUCAUAUUUGGAUCGUAUACCUUCGUCGAGAUCCUUGCCAGCUCGAAGCAGAGCAGUCGCCAUGGAGCUCCGGCUCCUCCCCCGCCGCGACGCACUCGUGCCGCUGCUCAUGCUGCUGCUGCUGCUGGUGGUGGUGGUUCACGUUCACGCCACCCCACGCCUGGAGAUGGUGGUGACCUCCUCCGCGGCGUCGGGCGGCGGCGCGGGCACCACCAGCAGGGCGCGAGCGGCGCCGGCGCCGGCGGCGGCGUGCGCGAGCUGGCGCCUCGGGGUGGAGACCAACAACAUCCGGGGCUGGUACGGCAUCCCCGCGGAGUGCCGGGGCUACGUCAGCGGCUACAUGCUCGGCGAGCAGUUCCGGCAGGACUGCGCGGUGGUGGCGCGCGAGGCCGCCGCCUACGCCGAGGGGCUCGCGCUCGCCGGCGACGGCCGGGAGGCGUGGGUGCUGGACGUCGACGACACCGCCCUCAGCAACCUCCCCUACUACGCCGACACCGGGUUCGGGGCGCAGCCGUACAACGCGACCUACUUCGACGAGUACGUGGCGAACGCGACGGCGCCGGCGCUGCGGGAGGUGCUGGAGCUCUACGGGAAGCUGCUGGCGCUGGGCAUCAGGGUGGUCUUCAUCACCGGCCGGCACGACUACCAGAGGGAGCCCACCGUCGAGAACCUCCGCAGCGCCGGCUACCACACCUGGGAGAAGCUCGUGCUCAAGCCGUCGUCGCUGGGUUCGUCGGUGGUGCCGUACAAGUCCGGCGAGCGGCAGAAGCUGGUGGACGCCGGGUACCGCAUCGUGGGCAACAUGGGCGACCAGUGGAGCGACCUCGUCGGAGCGCCGGAGGGCGAACGCACCUUCAAGGUGCCUGACCCCAUGUACUACGUCGCCUGAAUGAGAUCAGAGAGCUCCAACAAUAACCGGCAGGUUAUGGCAUUGCUCAAGGCUCAUCGCCUUUGUUUUGUACUUGCGCGGCUGUCAGUGCUUGUUUACCAUACAUGGAAUAAAUCGGGAGCACCUGUGUGCUACUAGCUUGCUUGUAUUGUAAGAACAUGUGAUUCCUGAGGUUGAUGAGCAAGCAUUACCCUGUUCCUUGUGUGUUCAA